GCUUCGUCUCCGUUCCACCGGCUUAAGACAACUCUUCGUGGACUCCUUUCAUUUCGGGUAAGAAGAAGAAGAAGAAGAAGAAGACCAACUUGUCUCUCUGUCUCGCUUUGUUUGAAUCUGUAAGGUACGAAAAGAAUCAGCAAUUUCUUCAAAGCCCACAUUUUCUGGAAAACUCUUUUUGCUUCAGCGGUGUCUGUAGUAUUCAGAUCCCCCUUGGUACAUCGGAGAAUGAUAACAAAUAUCUUCUGAGAUCAUCAUCAAAAGUAGACUUUGUUAGAGACUCCGUUGAUGACGACCACUAACUCUUUCUCGGACAGUGAACGCUCUCUCUCUGGCGAGUGUUCGGUUGAUGGAAACUCUUAUGAAAGGAGGGGUAAUGAAGAUGAAUGUUCAAGUCAAGAUGAUGUGGACUCCCCACAAAAGGAGAAGAAGGUAGAUCGCCAAUGUACCUUAGAGCGCAAGUCCAAGAGCAUGCCCAGUGAUAUUCUAAGGGACAUUGAUAUAUUGGGUAAAAAAUCAAAAGAAAAGCAGUCCCUUUCUGAUUUUGAAGAUGAUGAUGAUGAUGAUAGUGCUGAAAUUGAUGCCCCCAUCUGGGAACCCCCGGAGCCUCAAGACCCGGCAGACGAACUAGAAGACGAAGAACUAGAAGAAAAUGAUGAAUGCUGUGAUGGCUCUAAGUUAAACAAAUCUGAAGAUGAAAGUAGUAGAAAGAUAAAGCCUAAUGAAGAAAGUCGAAGAGCAAUGCUUGAGGUGGCAAAAUCAAAGUUUAACUUCGUGGUGAGUCAACUUAUUAAGGAAGACGGUGAAAAUUGGAGUGAGAUUGUUGCUAGGUUAUGCUGGGAGGCUGCUUCACUUUUGAAGCCAGUUAUUGAUGGCAAACCAGUUGAUCCCGCUGAGUACAUCAAAGUCAAAUGCAUAGCAACUGGUUCUUGCUAUGACAGUGAAGUUUUCAAAGGCCUGGUUUUCAAAAAACAUGCCGCUCUUAAACAAAUGGCAACUAAUUAUGAACAUCCUAAAAUAAUGUUAGUCCAAGGAGUACUGGGCCAGCCAUUAAGUGGGUUUUCUUCUCUCCAGUCAAUGAAUGAGGACAAAGACUACGUGAAGCCUGUUGUUGAUAUCAUAGAUGCGUUGGAGCCUAACGUUAUGCUGGUGGAAAAAUCUGUUUCACGUGAAAUCCAAUUGGCUAUUGUUAAAAAGGUUACACUGGUGCUUGACAUGAAGCUCCACCGUCUAGAGAGAAUAUCUAAAUGCAUUGGUUCACCUAUCAUUCCAUUGGACUCUCUGUCUAGCCACCAGGAGUUAAAGCACUGUGAUUCCUUUCGCAUUGAGAAAAUCGUGGAGGAGCUUAAUGCUGUGGGUGAAGCUGAGAAGAAGCCAACUAAAACGCUUAUGUUCUUAGAAGGUUGUCCUACCCGCCUUGGCUGCACGAUUUUACUUAAAGGAAGCCACAGUGAUAGGUUGAAAAAGGUCAAAGAAGUAGUACAACAUUCAUUUAACUUGGCAUAUCAUCUAAUGUUGGAGGCUUUCUUUCUCGCUGAUCGGCAGACGAUGUUCUCAACCAUCUUGACAAAGGAAUCUACAUCAUCAUGUGUUGCAGAAACAGAAAAAGUUCCACUAUCUCCUUCUCCUGGAAAAUCUGCCUUUGAAGCAAUUGAUAUUCCUGGAUUCGAUGUACGAUCUAUUCAGAUCAAUGGGGAAUCAGAUGGUGAGAAAGCUGAAAACUGGGAUGCUGGUGAAGAUCAUGUCUUCUCUCACGAGCCAUAUAAUCCGGUUAUUUUUACUGGCUUUUCCUCUUUACACGCCAAGCUAAGUAAAUAUUUUGGCAAAGCUGAAAACUCGGAAUCAGUUCCAGUUACUGUGGAUACAGAUGUUUCGAAUAUCAGCCUUCCUGCGGAAGAUACUACAGAAAAGGAUGAAACACCUUUGUUACUUGACGACCCUGGGCUCCCGGUAGUAAGCACGAAUUCAGAUGAUGGAGAGAGGUCGCCAACGGAGAAUGAUAUCGAGACCACCUUGGAGUCUCAGAGUAUAUUGGUUUUAGUGUCAAAGAGGAAUGCUUCCAGAGGGAUGAUGUGUGACCAAAGUCAUUUUUCGCACAUAAAGUUUUACAAGCACUUUGAUGUUCGCUUGGAUAGAUUCCUGCGAGAUAUGUUCAGUCAGAGAAGCCUGUGCCAGACGUGCGGGGAAGUUCCGGAAGCACAUCUUUACUAUUAUGCUCAUCAAAACAAGCAACUAACAAUCCAAAUCAAGCGAAUUUCUGUAGCAAAAUGUUUGCCUGGUGAGGCCAAAGGAAAAAUCUGGAUGUGGAGUCGUUGUGGGAAGUGUAAGACAAAGAAUGGGACCCGGAAAUCUACCAAACGAGUGCUUAUAUCAACUGCUGCUCGUAGCUUGUCAUUCGGAAAAUUCUUGGAGCUCAGCUUUACUCAGCAAACCUUUCUGAACAGAUUGUGUAGCUGUGGGCACUCUUUCGACAGGGACUUCCUUCACUUCUUUGGGUUAGGCUCCAUGGUGGCUAUGCUCAGUUACUCCCAAGUCACAUCUUACACAGUGUCUCUGCCACCCAUGAUGCUGGAGCCUAGUAUUUUUAUAAAAGUGGGUUGGCUUGAAAAAGAAUUCCGUGGAGUAUUCACUAAAGGUAUCUCCUUGUUUGAGGAGGCUACUAGUUUUCUGAAGAGACUAAGAUCACAGUUCACAAACUCAGAUCUCAGCUACCAAUGUGCACUAAAAUUGUUGUCUAACGUCGACGAGUUGCUGACUCACGAGCGCCGCCUAUUUGAGGAAAACAUCAGGAUUUCUUUUGAGAAUGCUAAAACCAUAGAUGAUGUUUCCCACAAACUGCUCCGCUUAAACCGCAUGAGGUGGGAACUUUUGUUCCAAGCUCUCACCUGGAACUACCGGUUGCAGUCGCUGCGUUCAUCUAAUCGUUUGCUACCUUCAAGUGGUGAGAAGAAUAUAAAUGAGGAAGGUGUGGAGACCAAUCUUGAGGGUGGAUUGACAAGAUAUGAAAAUAAGGACAAAGUUUCUGAUUCUGGUAGCAAUGAAGGCAUGGGCGAACCAGUUGUUGAAGGCAAGGAAAUUCCAAUUGUUGGGGACAAUGAUCAGAUGGAAGAAUCUGAAGUGCAAACUCUGUCCAGCCCCGGGCCUGAUACAACCUCUCCCACCAAUGAUCAUUUUGACACUCACUUGGCUGUUAAUAUACUUUCAGCCAAUGAAGAAGAAUUAAUUCCAGAUAGUGGAGAUCCACCGGAUGGGAAGGUUGCUGCCUCUAAUGGGUCACACGUUUUAAGCUGCUGGGAUGAAUGGUUCUGGUUGCCUUUUGAAGAUCUACGAUCAAAGCCUAUUAUCGAUGUGGAGAAGGAAUACUUGUUGAAAUUUGAGUAUGUCAACGAAUUCACCCAAGAAAACCUACAUGCGGUGAACCAAAUAAUCACUGAGGAAGGUUCUCGGCUGCGGAUCUCUUUGAGGGACGAAGAUUUCAUCGUGUCAGACUAUGAAGACGAGGUGUCGAGCCUAAUAGCUUGCGCGCUUGCCCAACUGAGCAAUGCGGAUAACAGAUUGCCUCUUUCAAGGUGCAUACACGGAUCUCUUGAAGGGUUCCUGGAUAAAGAUCAAGAUUCUAAGCAGACUGUUGACCGUGAGGUUUCUCGUUAUUCGAGUGAGAGUACGAGUCGGUUGGAGAUACCACCACCUCCAGAGGUCUUUGUUAAUUUUGGAUCACUCAAAUCAGUUGGGAAACCCAAAUACUCUAUUGUGUGCCUAUAUGCUGAUGAUUUCCGCGACCUCAGAAAGCGUUGUUGCUCCUCAGAGCUUGACUAUAUUGCCUCGCUUAGCCGUUGUAAGCCGUGGGAUGCCAAGGGCGGGAAGAGCAAAUCAGUGUUCGCUAAGACUUUGGAUGAUAGGUUCAUUGUAAAAGAGAUCAAGAAGACAGAGUACGAAUCGUUUGUGACGUUUGCUCCGGAAUAUUUCAAGUACAUGAAGGAUUCGUAUGAUCUAGGCAACCAGACUUGUCUUGCCAAAGUUCUUGGGAUCUAUCAGGUAACUGUAAGGCAGCCGAAGAGCGGGAAAGAGACAAGGCACGACCUGAUGGUAAUGGAGAAUCUCAGUUUUGGCAGAAACAUUACUCGCCAAUACGAUCUCAAAGGCGCUCUACACGCUCGGUUUACGGCUACUUCUGCUAAUGGCGGGGAAGAUGUUCUGUUGGAUCAGAACUUUGUCAACGACAUGAACAAAUCCCCGCUUUACGUUAGCAAAACAUCAAAGCAAAAUCUCCAACGAGCGGUUUACAACGACACAGCCUUCCUAACCAGUAUAAACGUGAUGGACUACUCGUUGCUGGUUGGAGUAGAUGAUGAGAGUCAUGAGCUAGUGUGUGGGAUAAUAGACUACUUGAGGCAAUACACAUGGGACAAGCAGUUAGAGACGUGGGUGAAAUCGUCUUUGGUGGUUCCAAAGAAUGUGCAGCCGACAGUGAUCAGCCCUAUUGAUUACAAGACGAGGUUCAGGAAAUUCAUGAAGACUCAUUUCUUAUGCGUCCCUGACCAAUGGUGUGUUCAACCUAAGGAGUGUGACUCUUGAAGAAGGGACAAAGCUUGAAAAAACAUUAAAAAGCUAUUAUUAUUUGAUUAUCAUACUCAAAAAAGAAAAAGAAAAUCAAAUCUCGUAUUUAUGAUUCUUUCAUUUGAUAUUUGUAAAUAGAGACAGGUCCAGUUGUUAUUCACCCUGUUAUUGUGCAGCUUUUUAGCAAAGUUUCUGGGGGUGGAUUUUAGCG